AGGGUCUGUCAGAAUAGCGUCGGAUGUUCGGUCAACUCGAUUACUCGAGUCACUUUUUACGUUUUAAAGAAAAUUGAAGAAUAUCUUGGGAAGUGGUUCUCACAGCUAUAUUAUACGUUCAUUUACUAUAAUUUAAAAUCCUUUUUCGCGUUCUUUCCUUUACACAACACGAAAUCAACAUGUUUUGGGGACUAAUAAUGGAGCCUGAAAGGCGCUACACUCAAGUUGUGAAGAAGGGAUUUCAUAUAUCCAUGGCUUCAUUAGAUAUUAAUUCAUCAGACUUAGCUCCUUCACAAAUUAUGUGUGGAUAUGAGGGCAGAAAUUACUUAUUGUGCACUCUGAGGAAACCUGAUAUUAUCCAGUGUCCGAUGGAUUUAGAAUUUGCAGAAGGUACUGAGGUGUCAUUUGUAGCAAAUGGUAAAGCACAUAUUCACCUUACUGGUUAUGUCACUGAACCAGAUGAAGGACUUGGACUUGCUGACCUGGAAGAGCAGGAGGAAGAAGAGGAGGUUGAAGAAAUAAAAUCAAAAGGAAAAAGAAAAAAGUUAACAAGUCUGAACAAUGACAAGGCUGCAAAAAAAGCAAAGUUAGCAAAUGGCAGUGCUGAUGCUGAAGAAGAGGAAUCUGAUGAUCCAGAUUUUGAAGAAGCUAGUGACAAUGAAGAGGAAGCUAGUGAUGAAGAGGGAGAAGGAGAAGGUAUUGGUGAAGAGGAAGAUGAUGAUGAUGAUGAGGAAGAUGAUGAAAAUGAUAGCAGUGAUGAAGAAGUGGAGGAAGAAGAACAGCCUGUGCAGAAAAAGUCAAAGCAGCAGCAAAAACAGGAAAAAAUCGAGGCAGCAAAAAAGAAAAACGCAGAACAACCUAAAAAGAAACAGGAACGUGUGCUAAAAGGCGGUGUUACGGUCGAAGAUGUAUCGGAAGGUAAUGGGCCACAAGCCAAAGCAGGUCAAUUUGUCACAGUGUAUUAUGAGGGCAGGUUAGCGAAGAAUAAUAAAAUGUUUGAUUCAACAUCAAAAGGUCCAGGCUUUAGGUUUAGGCUGGGAGGCGGAGAGGUAAUUAAAGCUUGGGAUGUCGGAGUAGUAGGCAUGAAAGUUGGAGGAGUGAGAAAGAUUGUUUGCCCUCCGCAAACGGCAUAUGGUGCUAAAGGUUCACCCCCAGCAAUCCCUCCAAACUCGACCCUAGUAUUUACAGUUACUCUUAAGAAAAUUAAGUAAGUUUUAAAUUUAAGUUUUUUUUUUAAUUUUCUGAUAUCGAAUUUUUAUGUAUCUGCUUCUCAAGCUUCAUUACUUUUUGAUAGUUGUUUGUUCUUUGCUCAUAACUAGUUAUUUUUGUUACAUUAAGUUUUCAUUCAUGUUUCUUAAUAAUUAAUUCUUUUACAAUUAUAUUUUUUUUACUGGAUUAUUUGUCUAUUACCUAUUGUAAAGGAACUCUUUAGGCUGAAAUAAACUCAUUUGUUAUUUUAA